GACGUCUAUUCAUUAACCCCUUGCAGUCUCAAGUUUGUCUCAGCGUACCCCGCGCCGAGGCUGACAUGGUAACAACAACCGCGCCAGUUGCGUCAUCGGUUGUCGUCGACAACUUGACAGCUCGGCCCCGCGUCUGUACACGCGUCCCAAAUGGCUGCCUGGCUGUCAAAGUACGCGGCUUCAGCGUUUGCGAGCAAGUAUUCACGAAGUAUCUGGAGUUUUGGUUAUAGCUUGCUCUCGCUUCGAUCGUAGCCUUCCAAUUAUCAAGCCUCUUUUAAGUUUAAAGAAUAAUCACGUCGUACUGACCUGAUCUGAUUCGUCUGCCCCACUGUCAUCAUCGGCGGUUGAUUCACUACCGAAGCUCCGCCAUUGCCACGCGUGGUGGUGUAAUCAACUCGUCUUGCAUUUUAGUCGCUAGGAGGUUCAUCUUACUUCUUUCUUUGUUUCCCUGCAUUCCCCAUCAAUCUUCAGUACCAGACAUUAUGCGUUUCUCUCGCGUGGUACCAUUCAUCCCAUUGGCUUCGGCCUUGGUGAUCACCGAAGCUGAGGUCUUCGAGAAGCUAGCCAAGUCCAACAGGCAUAUUGAGAAUGCGAAGCUGUCAGGGAACGAGCUCCUCGACAAUGCUCAAGAUAUCCUCGAUGACACCCUCAACAAGGUCAAGGAGAGCGCACAGGACAUCUCCAGCCGGAUCUACGACGCUGGUGCCAAUGUUGAGUUGUGGUUAGAAGGCUCAUCAUUCGACGACGCUAUCAUCAACUUUGGUGGCGGUGAUGAACACCAUCCUCACCACCCACCCCACGAUGGGCCACCUCAUCACGGCCCUCCCCACCACGGUGGACCUCACCACCCGCCUCAUGAUGGUGAUGACAAGCCUAACAGGACAGUCUACGAGCUCAUCAACGAGAGCAAGUACACCACCAAGCUUGCUAAGCUGAUCAAUAAGUAUGAUGACCUCGUUGAGACGCUCAACAGCACUAAGGCCAACUACACCAUCUUUGCCCCUACGGAUGAGGCUUUCGAGAAGAUCCCCGACCAUGGAAAGCACCCCUCAAAGGAGGUUCUCAAGGACAUCCUUCUGUACCACGUCAGCCCUGACUUCUACCCUGCUGGCCGUGUGCUCCACAGCUACACCAUCCCGACUCUCUUCGAGCCCGAGAAGCUUGGCCACAAGCAGCGUCUGACUGUCCGCGUCACCCUCAAGGGCCCCACCAUCAACUUCUACAGCAAGUUGGUCGCAGUCAACAUUUUCGGCACCAACGGUGUCGUUCACGGUGUCGACUCAAUCCUUGUCCCUCCCCCCAAGGUUGCAUCUAUCAUCGAGCUCCUCCCCGGCGAGUUCAGCACCCUCGAGCUCGCUCUCCAGAAGACCGGCUUGUUCGAGAAGAUCAACAACACCGACUACCCCCACGAGGGGGGCACUUUCUUCGCCCCCUCCAACUUCGCCUUCCAGAAGCUCGGCCCCAAGGUCAAUGCCUUCCUCUUCAGCACCUACGGCCAGAAGUACUUGAAGGCUCUGCUCAAGUACCACAUCGUUGUUAACCAGACACUCUACACCGAUGCCUUCUACGAUGCCAGCAAGAGGCAUGAUGAUGAGAAGGCUGCUGACCGCCCGCCAUACUACCACUACGACUUGCCCACCGUGCUUGACGACAAGUACCUUGCUGUCGAUGUCGCCAGGUACGGACCGUUUGUGUCGAUCCGCAUCAAUGGCUUCUCGCGCGUCACUGUGCACGACGGUGUUGCCAACGAUGGUGUCAUCCAGGUCGUCUCUGAUGUCCUGAUCCCACCCAAGAACGCCAACGGCGAGCAGGUCAUGUGGCAGGGCGAGGAGCUUAGCGUUGAGGAGUUCAAGCAGCGCCUUGAGCCUUUUGCUGAGGAGAACAUCGAGUUGUAAUGUUUGUCGAUGGAGGCGGUUGAGGUUGAAGGGCUGCGUGGCUAGCGCAUGUCUACCUGUUAUGAUGAGAGAACUUUAUUGAGCCGCUAUGGCAUUGUACGAUCUUUAUGGAGUCCACGCUAUAUUACUAUCUUUUCGUACGCAUUAAUAGCACAGUGCUGCACCCCGUGAAUACAACGAAUUCUGUAGAAUCAACGGCCAACAAUCGGCAUCUUCAAUCUACACAUCUCACCGCUCUUUAGCCGCUCGUGGUAAAGUUUUCGCACGUUGCUAUGCUCGUUGGUCAACGUCAUCCAUCCGUUAGCCACUGCCACAUUGAUGCCCGAAGUUCUCGGUGUUGUCAAGUCAACUAGUCUACGUAUCCAAGUCAACAAU